UUGGAGAAGUAUGUGCAAACUUUAUCAGACAGGUGUGGCUCUGCUGCUGCUGGGGCUGGAGCUGUAGCUGGAGCUAGAGUUGGACUGGGAAUAAACCACCUAACCUCUGCUUUUAACACCGGACGGUGGUAAAUUACAUGUCAGCCGCACUUUAGCAGGAAGAAUAUUGCACAGCUAACCCAGCUGCAGUGAGACACGAUGGAGUCGACUGCGGUGAACCUGUACAACCAGUUCCAGAGUCUCAUAACCCAGGUGGAGGGUCUGAAUGAGGGCAUUGAACCACAGUUCCUCCAGAUGGCAGAGAACUUUGAGGAGUGUCGUAAGAAGUGGCUGCGGGUUGGUGAGGAGCUAGUUUCCUGUAAAGAGAUGCUGGCUAAAGCAGAGACUGAGAGAGGAGCCUUGGAGGUCAAACUAAAGCAUGCUCGCAACCAAGUGGAUGUGGAAAUCCGCAGACGGCAAAAGGCUGAGACAGUCUAUGAGAAGCUGGAACGACAGCUACAGCUGAUCCGGGACCUGCUGAUUUCAGAGAACAAUGGCAGCAGUGUUCACCUGAGCGAGGAGCAGCGCUCGGCCCUGGCCUUCCUCAGUGCCCAUUCCCAGGCAGCCCAGGCUGCUAACAGCAACCUCAACUCUAGCCGAAGGUUAAAUACCAUUGAUGAGUCGGCUUCUUUGCUGUCAGACAUCAGCUAUGACCAAACGGACGACUCUCUGGAUUGGGAUUCCUCUGCAGUGAGGACUGUGAGACUGCGGAAACGGCAGAAACGACGUUCUUCCAGAAAACUCCUUGAGGUUCCUCCACAGGCUAUGAAGAAACCUCGCUCCACAGGACGCACAUCAGAUAGGAUGAAUGAGUCAAUCGUGGCCAAAACUACCAUCACUGUGCCUGUAAAUGGAGGUGCUGUCGAGGCUGUCUCCACCAUUGAAACUGUGCCAUACUGGACACGCAGCAGAAAAAGGAGUGUCGCUCCGGCGUGGGGUGAUACAACCACCACAGACCAAUCUGAGACUGCCAGCGAGGCUCCCAGCACACCAGUUCAAGAUUUCCCAGCCCAACUCCGAACCCCCAAAGCUAAUAGUGGAGGAAAGAAGCACCACUUCAUCCCCAAAACAGUGAUCAAAUCUGAAUUCUGUGCACCAUGUGGUAGAAGAACAAAGUUUGGCAAGAUGUACCUACGCUGCCAGGACUGCAGGGUUGUGACCCAUCCAGAGUGUCGAGAGCGCUGUCCUUUGCCCUGUAAUCCCACAGCUGUUAACACUCCUCUCAAAAACACAGAGGCCACCCUGGCUGACUUUGCUCCAGUCACCUCCCCAAAGAUCCCAGCUUUGGUUAUCUACUGCAUUAAGGAGAUUGAACACAGAGGCCUACAUGAGGUUGGCCUGUACAGACUCUCUGGCUCUGAGCGCAUGGUGAAAGAGCUGAAGGAGAAGCUGAUUAGAGGAAAGACUCUGCCUCCACUUAACAAAGUAGAAGACAUCAACAUCAUUACUGGUGUCCUCAAAGACUUCCUCAGAAACCUUCCAGAGCCACUGCUCACCUUCCACCUCAACAAAGCCUUCAUUGAAGCAGCUGAAAUUCAGGAUGACGGCAACAGUCUGGCCAUGUUUUACAAGACUAUUAGUGAGCUGCCUCAACCCAACCGAGACACUCUGGCCUGCCUGAUGAUUCAUCUGCAAAAGGUGUCUCAGAGUGUGGAUACCAAAAUGGAUGUGAACAACCUGGCCAGGAUCUUUGGCCCAACCCUUGUGGGUCAUGCUGUUCCCGACCCAGACCCUAUGACCAUCCUGCACGACACAAGUAGACAACCAAGGGUGAUAGAGCGUUUGCUCAGUAUUCCAGCCAGCUACUGGAGCCAAUUUGCCUAUCCAGAUAAUACAGCCAUGGACAAUGCUCACCAGUUUGAUACUCCAGAUCACAAAGUGAGCAUACUGGGACCAGUGACCACUCCCGAGCACCAGAUGAUGGCUAAAACACCUUCCUCUAGCUCGCUGUCUCAGCGCAUGAUGCAGACCCUCUCCAGCACCACCAUAUUUGGGAGCAAGAGCAAAGCAACAGCUGCCUCUAACCGUCAGGGCAACUUCUUCGCUUCUCCACAGCUGAAGUAAUGUAGGAGAUUUUUUUUAAAAAAGAAAAAAAAAGCUUGCCCAUAUUGUACUUUGGGGUUACUUACUGCAAUAACCAUAUAUAUAUUCACAUAGUUGUAUGGGAAAACUACUGUGCAAUUUUAGCAUGUAAUAGUUUUAUAUCAGAAUUUUUUACUCAAGUGUUUUGACAAAGACUUUCCUGCCAGUUUUUUUCUUUGAAAAGAUUCCUGCUCAAGUGUUUAAGUUUGCUUUUAUAUCUUUGAUUACUAAUGAUUAAGUACUGGCCAGCACUGUGGUCCCAAUCUAUGUGAUUAUAAGAGGUUUAACCAGCUAUUUUUAACUAAUUCAAGGAUCACUAUUUUCUAUUAACACUUGGCAUUGAUGUUCCCUAAGCUAUGUAGUCAUUGGUGCUUAUCCAUCUUUGAACCUGUGGUUGUAACCACAGCAACAGGGAUGCACAAGCACACAUGAGAUGAUUGGACAAAGAGAAAAGAAGUCGUUUUAUUGGCCAGUGUGUCUUCGUCUUUUGGUUCUUUCUCUGGUUGCCUUUUCAUUGUUUUGGAAACUGACACGGUUUUCCUGACUUAACAUUUUGCUCUAUAUAUAUAUAUAUGUUGAUUGUGUGAUGUGACAUAAAGCAAUCAUGACUUAUAUACUUUAAUGUUGCUGCAAUGUAAACACUGAUACUGAAUGGGAAUAAUGUUGCUUUUUUGCACUGUAUGUAUUUAACAAUCUGAGUAACAGUAUUUUCUACUUGGGAAUACACACCACUAGAGGCUGCUGUUGCACCAUUUCUGAUAUGCAAACCAUAACCAAUGACGACUAUCUACUGUAUAUUAUGCACAUAACCUGUCAGUUACUGACACCCCUUUUUGUUAUCAUCAGAUCAUUAGAAAUACCAGUACUGUGAGUUAGUCCUCCAAGCUAGGAUGAUUAAAAUCAAUAUUUUCUCUCUCUCAAACCAAAGAUCUGAGACUCCAAUGUGUGUGGUCAUCACAAAAUAAAAUCUGGAGCUUCUUUUAAUUUAUGAAUGUUAACACUGAUUUGCAUGCACACUCCACAGUAGCUUUCUUGUACAGUCACAUCACCAGUAAUGCACAAGAGCCGACCUUCCCUGUGAGAAAAUGUCUUCUCUCUGCUGCUCGCACUGCCACUAUUACAAACUCCAGAUUUUAGUGUGAUGACAAUCCUAUAAGUUUGUUAUUCUGAGGAGAGAUGUUCAUACUAAUUACCAGUAUUUACUCAUUUAAACCAAAUCUAGCUGUGUUUUGCCCACUAGUAAGAAAUGUGCAUAGUUUUAGGUUUGUUGGAGUCCUUUAACACUGCUUUGUUUUAUAUGUAUUUUAUACAUUUUUUUUCUUGUACAUUUAUUCCAUUAUAUGGCUCUGUUUUUCUAAUGAAAUGUUGUCUGACUGACUUACUUUCAAGAUCUUGUGUGGACCAAAUGAUAAUUUUCAUACCUUUGUCCUAGCUAAAAUGAGAUCACACAAGUCCACAGUUGAGCUAAAAAUAAAACAUCAAAAGACUG